AUGUCAGAUCUAGCUGCUGGGCCGCCGGACAUCGAUGCUUUGGUGGCUACCUUCAAACCUGUGACAACCUCGUCCAUCAUUGCGGUUGGGGCUGUCAUGCCCAGCUUGGCGUUGAUUGCUGUGUCGCUUCGAUUCUAUGUCAAGAUAAAGAAGAGAACGGUUGGAUUGGAUGACUGGCUCAUACUUGUAGCUCUCGUCAUUUGUUGUGCGUUGGGUAUCACGCUCAUCGUCGGAUCAGCAGUGAAGGCUUUGGGUCAACCUACACCGUUGGGUGACGGUCCACUCGGAUUCUUUUAUGUUUUAAAUGAUGCUAUUGUCACGACUGAGAAGAUUAAAUAUGCUUUCAAUCUUCUACAGAUGAUUGCUUUCGGAGCGGUCAAACUCUCAGUUUUAUUCUUCUACAGAAGAAUAUUCCGAGGCAAGAUCUUUGACAUUGCAUCAUGGACAAUGAUCGGGGUGGUCAUAGUGUGGACAUUUGGAUUCUUCUUCACCAUGAUGUUUGAAUGUCGAACCGAAUUCUGGGCAUUCUGGUCGACUCUCAACGAUCUAUUAACCCAUUGUCUCGACGAUGUCAAAUUCCAAAAAGUGCUAUCAAUCUCCGACGUCGUCACAGAUAUCCUCAUCCUUCUAAUUCCCAUCCCCAUAGUCUGGCAAUUAAACCUAUCUUUGGAGCGAAAAGUAGGUGUAUGCGGCGUCUUCCUCAUGGGUUCCUUAGCCGUAGCCUUCGGCAUCGUGCGUCUCGUAGUCUACGACCAAAGACUCGCAGACGCCUUCGCUGGCUCCCAGGGAAUUCUCCUCCUAUCUACAUGGUUCUACUGGAGUCUAAUCGAAAUGGGAAUGGCUAUCGUAGCCGCCUGUCUACCCACACUCAGACCUUUAUUUGGUAGUCUAGGCACGUUUAAUAGUCUGACGGAAGCUAUUCGAAGUUUGUUUUCCCUGCGCUCGAUUCAUUCGCAAGGCUCGUCGAGGUUCUCCGGGAGGAGAAAACCCCAGGAGGGUAGUACGAAACUUAAGGAUCCGCAUGGUUUGUGUGAAGAACAGUUGAGUGUUGAUCGUUUGGGUGAACAUUAUUUUAUGCAGGAUAUGCGUCAUAAUGGGAUUUUGAAGAGUGAUACUUAUUCUGUCACGGUGGUCUGA